CGUUGUCAGGAUUACAAACUCUACGCUUUAGGCUUCCUCUUGAAGAGCAGAUCUCAGGGACAGUGGUGAACAGAGGGUGGUAACGGUCAGGCGGAACUCUCCACAGUGCCACCACCACGCAAGGCAGGGAUGCUCAGGAUACAAUUAACUGAUAAAAUUAACUGUCAGGAUGGGAGAGAAUUAGGAACCACAGUCAUCCAACACGCCACCAAAAGCGUCAUUUUCUGUCGCAAAUGGCUUUUCUCUUUACCAAUAUGGUGGCCUGGUCCAGCCACACCUGAUGCUAGAACCGAACAGUCCAGUAUAACAUCCCUAGGAACACUGCUGUCACCGACAGGCGACCAGCUCCAUCCAACACCACACCUUGUUCCUUUCUGUUCGUGCCUGAGGACUCCAAGGGCAUGAUAGCCCAUAUCCCAUUACCAAAAUGGCGAAAGGAACAGCCUUCUUGUGAGGGCCUGCGGAAGACAAUACGCCUGCGCGGGAGGCGUCUGUGUUACGAAGUGGGAGGGGAGCACUCCCAACACGCCUGCGCAAGACAGAGUCGUCUUAGUUUGCACACAAACACCAAUGGAUGAAGAGUCCCUAGCUUCCUGCGGCUGCGCCUUGACCCCUACAAGCUUUCCCAAGCGCCUGCGCGAGCCCUCAGGUCCCGCCCUUUUGUCUCAGUGCGCUGGCGCAGGGCAGAAAGGUGGGGCUUCGGUCCUCCAGACGAAUGCCAGCGCGGCUGCGCGCUGGGGGGUACUCCCUCACCGCGGCUGCGCGGGAGCCAGGCCGCCGGCUGUCACUGCGGUUGCGCGCGGCGAGCGCCGAACCUGGGGCGCCUGCGCGGGUGGCUUUGCGGGCGCUCGCGCAAAUCCAAGCUCUGCUGGCCCCCCCCAAGACGGACGAGGCAGAAAAGCGGAGUCGGAAGCCUGAGAAGGAGCCCCGGAGAAGCGGCAGGGCCACCAACCACGACAGCUGCGAUAGCUGCAAGGAAGGUGGAGAUCUCCUGUGCUGCGACCACUGCCCGGCUGCCUUCCACCUCCAGUGCUGUAACCCUCCACUGAGUGAAGAAAUGUUGCCUCCUGGAGAGUGGAUGUGUCACCGGUGCACUGUUCGCCGAAAGAAACGAGAGCAGAAAAAGGAGCUGGGUCAUGUCAAUGGACUGGUGGACAAAUCUGGCAAACGGACUACAUCCCCCAGCAGUGACACUGACUUGUUGGACAGAUCGGCCAGCAAAACUGAACUAAAGGCCAUUGCCCAUGCUCGGAUCCUGGAAAGGAGAGCCAGCAGGCCUGGCACGCCCACAUCCAAUGCCAGCACAGAGACCCCCACCUCUGAGCAGAAUGAUGUCGACGAAGACAUCAUUGACGUGGAUGAGGAACCAGUAGCAGCGGAGCCAGACUAUGUGCAGCCCCAGCUGAGGCGGCCCUUUGAGCUGCUGAUUGCUGCCGCCAUGGAGCGGAACCCCACCCAAUUUCAGUUGCCCAAUGAACUGACUUGUACCACUGCACUACCAGGUUCUAGCAAGAGGAGAAGAAAGGAGGAAACAACAGGGAAAAAUGUUAAGAAGACACAGCAUGAAUUAGAUCACAAUGGUCUCGUUCCCUUACCGGUCAAAGUCUGCUUCACGUGUAACAGGAGUUGCCGCGUGGCUCCUCUCAUCCAGUGUGACUAUUGCCCUCUCCUGUUUCACAUGGACUGCCUCGAGCCGCCGCUCACUGCCAUGCCCCUCGGCAGAUGGAUGUGUCCGAAUCACAUCGAACAUGUAGUGCUGAACCAGAAGAAUAUGACACUGAGCAAUCGGUGCCAGGUGUUUGAUCGUUUCCAGGACACCAUUUCGCAGCAUGUUGUCAAAGUGGACUUCCUGAACCGAAUCCACAAGAAGCACCCCCCUAACCGGCGUGUGCUCCAGUCAGUCAAAAGAAGAAGCUUGAAGGUUCCCGAUGCUAUAAAAUCUCAGUACCAGUUUCCACCCCCUCUCAUUGCACCUGCGGCCAUUCGGGACGGGGAGCUGAUCUGCAAUGGGAUCCCUGAGGAAUCACAGAUGCACCUUUUGAACUCUGAGCACUUAGCCACCCAAGCAGAGCAGCAAGAGUGGCUCUGUAGUGUUGUUGCGCUCCAGUGCAGCAUAUUGAAACAUUUAUCUGCUAAGCAGAUGCCUUCGCAUUGGGACUCUGAACAGACAGAGAAGGCUGAUAUUAAGCCUGUUAUUGUGACUGACGGCUCAAUCACCACCUCCUUGCAAACAGCUGACAAGACACCUACACCUUCCCACUACCCCUUGUCCUGCCCCUCAGGGAUUAGCACCCAGAAUUCCUUGAGCUGCUCUCCACCCCACCAGCCCCCAGCCCUAGAGGACAUCGGCUGCAAUUCUUGUGCAGAAAAAUCCAAGAAAACCCCUUGUGGGACUGCCAAUGGGCCAGUGAACACAGAGGUGAAAGCUAAUGGCCCACACCUCUACAGCAGCCCUACUGAUUCCACGGACCCCCGGCGACUUCCAGGCGCUAACACCCCCCUACCAGGCCUCUCACACCGGCAAGGCUGGCCCCGGCCCCUCACGCCACCAGCGGCUGGGGGCCUUCAGAACCACACCGUCGGCAUCAUUGUGAAGACAGAGAAUGCCACUGACCCCAGCUCUUGCCCCCAGAGGAGUUUGGUUCCUGUCCCAAGCCUGCCCCCUUCCAUUCCCAGCUCUUGUGCCAGCAUCGAGAACACCAGCACUUUGCAAAGAAAGACUGUCCAAUCACAGAUAGGACCUCCGUUGACAGAUUCAAGGCCACUGGGCUCACCCCCAAAUGCCACCCGGGUGCUCACUCCCCCCCAAGCAGCAGGAGAUGGUAUCUUGGCCACAGGAGCCAACCAACGAUUCAGCUCACCAGCGCCAUCGUCAGAUGGCAAGGUCAGCCCCGGCACGUUAUCCAUAGGAAGCGCUUUAACCGUACCCUCUUUCCCAGCCAACUCUACUGCCAUGGUGGACCUCACCAACUCACUUCGAGCAUUUAUGGAUGUCAAUGGAGAAAUCGAGAUAAAUAUGCUGGACGAGAAGCUGAUCAAGUUUCUGGCCUUGCAGAGAAUACAUCAGCUUUUCCCCUCCCGGGUCCAACCUUCACCGGGCAGUGUUGGGACACAUCAGCUGGCUUCUGGAGGGCACCACACAGAAGUGCAAAGAAAGGAGGUACAGGCCCGAGCUGUGUUCUACCCCCUCUUAGGGUUGGGAGGAGCUGUGAACAUGUGCUAUCGAACCCUCUACAUCGGGACAGGAGCUGACAUGGAUGUGUGCCUUACAAACUAUGGUCACUGUAACUACGUGUCCGGGAAACAUGCCUGCAUAUUCUACGAUGAGAAUACCAAACAUUAUGAGCUGUUAAACUACAGUGAGCAUGGGACAACGGUGGACAAUGUGCUGUAUUCAUGUGACUUCUCGGAGAAGACCCCGCCAACACCCCCAAGCAGUAUUGUUGCCAAAGUGCAGAGUGUCAUCAGGCGCCGCCGGCACCAGAAACAGGAUGAAGAGCCAAGUGAGGAGGCAGCCAUGAUGAGUUCCCAGGCCCAAGGGCCGCAGCGGAGACCCUGCAAUUGCAAAGCCAGCAGCUCAAGCUUGAUUGGGGGCAGUGGGGCCGGCUGGGAGGGCACGGCCUUACUGCACCAUGGCAGCUACAUCAAGCUGGGCUGCCUGCAGUUUGUCUUCAGCAUCACUGAGUUUGCGACCAAACAGCCCAAAGGCGAUGCCAGCCUGCUGCAGGAUGGGGUCUUGGCCGAGAAGCUCUCUCUCAAGCCCCACCAGGGCCCUGUGCUGCGCUCCAACUCCGUUCCCUAGGACUGGCAGCUACCCCGCUACUGGCCUGUACACCCACCCAAGACUCCUGCAAUGCAAAAAUGUACACAAAUCAAGCCCGGGUGUUUUCUAUACUCUACCAGAAACGCUUCAACUACAAUCUUUGCAUGAAAUGAAGAAAACCUUUUGACUGUUUUUUAAAAAUCCUUUUUCUUUCCUCAAGUUCUAGGGGGCAUUUGCACAUAUAUUUGUACUCAACAUUUCAUGGGAAAGCGGCAAACCCGAGCUGAGGAACAGCGUGGGCAGGGAGGGAAAGACCCAUGGUCUGGACAUUUCCUCCAACACAAAACCCUUCCCCACCCACCUACUACUCCCUCCCCCUCGCCCGCCGUUGUAAAAUAAUCAGAAACUUGUUCUAUUUUGUGGCAGUGACAAUAGUUUUAUAUUAAAAGAAAAAUACAGUUUUCAUACAGCAAAAUCUAUACAAUAUCAUUGUUUUAUUUAAUAUAAAGAUCGCUACCCACCUUCCUUCCAUGGUUCCCACCCUCCACGUUAUUUUCCCUUUCUGCAGCAGUUGCACUACAGGUAGCUACUGUGUAUUAUGGACAAAUGAGAAAUGAAUUCUUUUUCUGGCUGUCCAUCUGUUUUAUUUCAAAUAAGGAAAAGUGUAUUUGGAUUUUGUGUAAAUACAUCUAGUGAUAACAUUUUUUCAAUGUUUUUAAAAACCGUGUACAGUACUACAUGUGGUAGAGCGUUUUCUCAAAUUGUCUAUUGUAGCAAAAAUGUUUUUGUCGUAAACCUGUUUUGUCUCCUUUUUUUGUUCUCUUGCCACUUCUCUCCUCUUCUUCCUGCCCCUGGUUCCCUCCUCUCCUCCCACCCCCACAACCAGUACCAAUGUACAUAGUAAUUGUAAUGUUUUAGACUUUACAGAAACUUUCCUGUAUUCUGUAUAUAAAAAACAAAAAUACUUCAAAUUA